AAAAAAUUCACUGUCAAAAUGUAAAUUUUUCUGUGGGUUGGAAUAAAGCUUCUUGGCUGAUUCAUCACAAAUAUCGUAUUCCUAACCCAAGUAAAGAUUGGAAUUAUUUAAACCACUUCUUUAUUUGUGAGACAAGUGAUGGUAGCUUAGUUGUCUCAGUUAGUUUCUAUAAAAAUGAAAAAAAAAAAAAGGAAAAAAAAAUCCACAUUUCUUUACCCACAAGCAGAUAUUACUUAGGGCCAUUCUGAAGCUUGGUUUAAGUUCUAUAUUUUGUUUAUUUUUUUACUAUUUUAUUAAAAAGUAUGAUUUUUUUUUUUCUUGUGGCACGUAAAAAACUUGCACAGGGUACGGCCCUCACCACGUGCUGCGCUCACGCCCCGCCCACGCUCUAAAAGCACAACUGAGCACGUGACGGAACCCGGAAGUGUGUGUCCGUGUGUCAUCGAGGUGGGAGUCUGGUGUUGACACAGUGUGACCGUGUGACUUUGUUUGACACUGUGGUCAGCAUAUUGAGUGGACACGGGAAGCGACAUUAUGAGCCAGGGGUGUGUCCGGGGGCUACGCGCUGCCACUAAAGAAAAGCUGAAAAAGUUUGACUCUCUGCGGGGCGGAGAGGUGCGGGGAGGCGAGUUUUGGGACGUGGUGGCUGUGACCGCUGGGGAUGGGAGCCAGAGAGAGGCGUAUGAGCUGCAGAUCAGCGAGAAAGUGGGCAGAGGAGAGCUCCCGCUUGGGAUUCACUACAAGGUCUUCUCGGAUCCCCCCGGAUCUAAAAUAGGGAACGGGGGCUCCACUCUGUACGCACUGCAGGAGCUGGAUGACAUCUACGGCAAGGAUCUGGGCAGACUGCGAGUCAUCCUGAUCCAUGCAGGGGGGUUCAGUCAACGUUUGCCCAGUGCCAGCGCUCUGGGAAAGAUCUUCACCGCCAUGCCGCUGGGGGACCCCCUCUACCAGAUGCUGGAGCUCAAACUGGCAAUGUAUGUGGAUUUCCCAUCUCAUAUGCAGCCUGGAGUACUGGUGACCUGUGCAGAUGACAUAGAGCUCUACAGUAUUGCAGAGGAUGAAAGCGUUAGGUUUGAUAAACCCGGUUUUACAGCUCUAGCCCAUCCCUCCCCACUGUCUAUUGGAACCACCCACGGGGUGUUCGUGUUGGAUUCAUUUGAAAGUUCCGCUUACUCGGAAAUGGGGAACGGUUCCUGUCUGCGCUUUCUGCACAAACCAAGCGUCAAGAAAAUGCGUGACUGCGGUGCUGUUUGCAAGAGGCAGAGUGGAUGCUUUUCUCUGUCUGAUACGGAGUUUGUCUACACAGACAGCACCUAUUACAUCGCUUUCGAAACUAUAAAGACUCUUCUUAAUCUGCUGAAAGAGUUAGGGCCCUUGCACUGUGAGAUAGACGCAUACGGGGACUUUCUCCAAGCACUGGGACCCAAAGCUACAAUAGAGUAUACUAGCAACACUGCUAAUGUCACCAAAGAGGAGAGGGGUCUGGUUGAAAACCGCCAAAAGAUCUUCCAUCUUCUACAAGGGACUCCCCUGAAUGUCAUUCUCCUCAAUAACUCCAAAUUUUAUCACAUUGGAACCACGUCAGAAUACCUCUUUCACCUCACUGAGGACGUGGCGCUGAGGAGUGAGCUGGGCCUCCUGUCGUCUGCCUUCAGCGUACACGUGAAUGAAAACUCCGGCUGCUGCGUUAUGUGCAGCGUCCUUGAUCCCAGCUGCUCUGUGGGGGCUGGAUCGGUGGUGGAGUACUCCAGGCUUGGAGCAGGAGUAUCUGUAGGUAAGGGCUCCAUCGUCAGCAGCUGCUCGAUCCGUCCGGGCCUCUCAGUGCCCGAUGCGGUCUUCAUGCAUUCAGUGUGUGUGAACCACCAGGACCGGACCGGGUUUGUAACUGUCGCCUUUGGGAUUUAUGACGACCUGAAGCACAGUGUGGAAGCCCCCGCUUACAUGGAAAGGCUAAAGCUUUUUGGGUUCAGCCUGGCAGAGUGUCUGUCCCACUGGGGGAUGGAGAACGAAGUCCUGAGGUUCUCCGGUGACUUGCCCAGCUGUAGCUUGUGGAACGCUUGUCUGUUUCCCGUUUGCUCUGAACAACAAUGCUCCUUCUCAUUGUCUCUGGAGAUGCUGCAGGCCGUCCUGAGUGGCUCCGUGUUCAUUUUACCCAAAGACGCAAAGCUGAUGUCUAUGCAGGAGUGUUUACAGAGGAAGAACCUGGAGGAGAUGUUGAAGUUCAGAAUGGGACUACACAAUGACAUCACACAGGGACGACUGAACAGUUAAAGCUGCUGCGUUUGAUUGAGAUUUUGUGUUAAAUUUUAUGUUGUCAAAUGUAUAUAAGUAAAAGAUAAAAUUGAGUUUAAUUUUUGAAGUAGUUUAUGAUCAUUGAGGGGCUAGUGAGUUUUGAACGAGGACUAUGAGCUUUUGCCAGUAUGAAGAACUGAUAUUGUCAAGGUUAUUUUUGUUUGACGUGAUUUAUUGUGGUAUAACAUUUCGUAAAGCCGAUCCAUAAUUUUUUGAAAUUUUGUAUGUUUGCUUUGUACUUGAAAAUUUGAUAAA